GUGAUCCGGCUGGUUCGCGGCCAUCCGCGGCUCGGCGGCGACGGCGACAUGGAGAGCGGGGCCUAUGGCGCGGCCAACGCGGGCGGCUCCUUCGACUUGCGGCGCUUCGUGUCGCAGCCUCAGGUGGUGACGCGUGUCGUGAGCAUGGUCUUGGCCUUGAUCGUGUUCUCCUGCAUCUUCGGUGAGGGCUACAGCAACACACACAAGUCUGGGCAGCUGUACUGUGUGUUCAACCAGAACGAGGAUGCCUGCCGUUACAGCAGUGCCAUCGGGGUGCUGGCCUUCCUGGCCUCUGCCUUCUUCCUCGUGGUCGAUGCCUUUUUCUCCCAGAUAAGCAAUGCCACUGACCGCAAGUACCUGGUCAUUGGUGACUUGCUCUUCUCAGCUCUCUGGACUUUCCUGUGGUUUGUUGGUUUCUGCUUCCUGACCAACCAGUGGGCAGCCACCAGCUCUGAAGAUGUGCGGGUGGGAGCAGACUCGGCACGGGCAGCCAUCACCUUCAGUUUCUUCUCCAUCUUUUCCUGGGGUGUACUGGCUUCCCUGGCCUACCAGCGCUACAAGGUCGGAGUGGAUGCCUUCAUUCAGAACUACGUGGACCCCACCCCAGACCCCAACACAGCCUACACCUCUUACCCCAGUGCUGCCUCUGUGGAAAAUUACCAGCAGCCGCCCUUCACUCAGAACGUGGAGACCACCGAGGGCUACCAGCCUCCCCCUGUGUACUGAGCAGCCAGGGGCAGAGGCAGGGCGGGUGUUUGGGGCCACCCCUCUACCCUGGACUUCUCUCUCAAGGUUUGCUGCCUGUUACAGUUGACAGCAGAGUCCACGCCUUUCUGCAACGAAGCUGCAGCCAGACAGCUCACCUCAAGUGCCUGUGCCCAGAUGGGCUUCGCCGCCACCCACCCUAGACAGGGUUUCUGUGUGUAGCUUUGGCUAUCCUGGAACUCACUCUGUAGACCAGGCUGGCCUCAUGUGAACUCACAGAGAUUUCCCCCUGCCUCUGCCUUC